AUGAAUCUCAAAACCUUUGAAUUUAAAAAAUAUUAAGUCUAAGAAAAAUAAAAAGUGAAAGAAGAAAAUAUGAUGCAAUCUUAAAAUUGUGCUAACAUUGAUAAUAAAGUUCACUUUAAUCUAUUCUAAAAACUAUCAGGAGAUUAAUUUAUAUCUAGAUCUUUAAAUGAUUCUUUACUACCAAGUANAUAAGUUAGUAGAGAUUUUUAAUUGGAUUCCAUAUCUGGAUUGGAAGAGAUUAAGGAAAUUAAACAAUAAUAGAUAGUAUAAAUAAGGAUAAUUGAUAGUGGUAUAGGAAUGAAAGAAGAAUUGAAAGGAAUACUUAAUAAAAAAGUAAUCUUAAAUAGUAUUUAGUUUCUCUCUGUAGAUGAUGAUCCAAAAAUAUCUAAAGAUUCAGUUGGAAUAGGUUUAGGUUUAAGUGUUAGCCAAUACAUUAUAAAGGCUAUGGGUCCUUAAGGAUUAAAUAGUUUAUUUUUAGAAUCUAUUAUGGGAGGUGGAUCGUAAUUUUACUUUUUUUUAAAUUAUGAUUCUAUUAAAAAGUAUCAUAAUGAUGACGAUAUUCCAGAACCAGAAAAUAAAGAAGAAACUAUUGUUAAAUUAAGUCCAACUAAGAGAAGUUUGCUUAAAAGGAUUGUAUUUAUUUGUUUAUUUGUCAUUUAUUAGGCAACUUAUCCAAACACUGUUUGUAAUUCAAAUGAUAUACUUAUAGUAGAUGAUGAACAUUUCAAUUUAGAUAUAUUGGCUAACAUUAUUCGAAACUUGAAUUCUAAUCACAAAAAGUAUUAAAUUACUAUGGCUUUUAAUGGUUUUUAAGCUUUAGAAAUAAUCCGCUAAAAAAGAAUAUAAAAUUGUUGUUGUUGUCUUGGUUUUAAAGCAAUAUUAAUGGAUAUUAAUAUGCCUAUUAUGAAUGGAUGGGAUUGUGCCAAACAAAUUAGAAUAUUCGAAGAUUAAAUUCAAGUUUAGAGAAAAACUCCUAUUAUUGCUAUUACUGGCUAUGAUGCAAAAAAAGACAUAGAAAAGUGUCUUAAAUAUGGCUUUAAUUAUGUAUCUACAAAACCUACUAAUAAAUAAAAAAUAUUGAAGAUAUUUUAAGAAUUUAACAUAUGA